CGGUCCGAUCUCUCCUAGGCGCCCUGCAGAGCCUGGGAGUGCUGCAGCUUCCCUGGCCCGCUGCGCAGCGUCGGCCCCGCAGACAUGUCGGGAUUCAGCCCGGAACUUAUCGACUACCUGGAAGGGAAAAUCUCCUUUGAAGAGUUCGAAAGGCGGAGAGAAGAGAGAAAAACCCGAGAGAAGAAAAGUGUUCAGGAAAAAGGAAAAUCAUCACCCAAAGAAAACCCAGGUGACUCCGAAGUUCCAUCGUCGUCAGGAAUUGACUCUGCCAAAUCCCAGGACAAAGACGCCAAUGAAGGAGAAACAUCAGAUGGAGUGAGUAAGUCAGUUCACAAAGUCUUUGCUUCCAUGCUUGGAGAGACUGAAGAUGAUGAAGAGGAGGAAGAAGAAGAAGAGGAGGAAGAAACAGCAGAGCAACCCACUGCAGGCGAUGUAUUUGUGUUGGAGAUGGUUCUCAACCGUGAAACCAAGAAAAUGAUGAAAGAGAAGAGGCCUCGGAGUAAACUCCCCAGAGCCCUGAGAGGUCUCAUGGGUGAAGCCAACAUUCGCUUUGCUCGAGGAGAACAUGAAGAAGCCAUAUUGAUGUGCAUGGAAAUCAUAAGACAAGCUCCUUUGGCUUAUGAGCCAUUCUCUACACUUGCCAUGAUAUACGAGGAUCAAGGUGACAUGGAGAAAUCAUUGCAGUUUGAGUUGAUUGCUGCACAUUUAAAUCCCAGUGACACAGAAGAAUGGGUUAGGCUGGCAGAAAUGUCUCUGGAACAAGAUAACAUUAAGCAGGCUAUUUUUUGCUAUACAAAAGCUCUUAAAUAUGAACCUACUAAUGUCCGUUACCUGUGGGAGAGAUCAAGCCUUUAUGAACAGAUGGGUGAUCAUAAAAUGGCCAUGGAUGGCUAUAGGCGCAUUUUAAAUCUUUUGUCUCCAUCUGAUGGAGAACGUUUUAUGCAGUUGGCUAGAGAUAUGGCAAAGAGUUACUAUGAAGCCAAUGACAGCGCUUCAGCUAUAAACAUAAUUGAAGAAGCUUUCUCAAAACAUCAAGGCUUAGUCUCCAUGGAAGAUGUUAACAUAGCAGCUGAAUUAUAUAUUUCCAACAAGCAGUAUGACAAAGCUUUGGAGGUAAUUACAGAUUUUUCUGGAAUUAUCCUAGAAAAGGAAACUUUGGAAGAAGGCACCUCAGAAGAGAAUAAAGCUGCUGAGACGGUUACCUGCUCUAUACCUGACAGCGUGCCAAUAGACAUCACGGUGAAGCUGAUGGUCUGCCUCGUACAUCUCAACAUCCUUGAACCCCUCAAUCCUCUUCUGACAACACUGGUAGAACAGAAUCCUGAAGAUAUGGGUGACCUCUAUCUUGAUGUUGCUGAAGCUUUUCUGGAUGUUGGUGAAUAUAAUUCUGCCCUUCCCCUGCUCAGUGCCCUGGUUUGCUCUGAAAGAUACAACCUCGCAGUGGUUUGGCUUCGGCAUGCAGAAUGUUUAAAGGCCUUGGGCUACAUGGAACGUGCUGCUGAAAGCUACAGUAAAGUGGUUGAUCUGGCUCCACUCCAUUUGGAUGCAAAAAGACAUCUCUACCUUAUUAAAGUGUCAAGAGAUAAAAUAUCAGACAACAACGAGCAGGAAACAUCAAAUUAUGAUGCAAAAGCAAUAUUUGCUGUACUCACCAGUGUCUUGCCAAAAGAAGACUGGUGGAACCUUCUCUUAAAGGCCAUAUAUACCUUGAGUGAUUUGGCUCGAUUUCAAGAAGCUGAAUUGCUGGUAGAUUCUUCCCUGGAAUAUUAUUCAUUUUAUGACGACAGACAAAAACGCAAAGAACUAGAAUACUUUGGUCUUUCUGCUGCUAUUCUGGACAGAAAUUUCAGAAAGGCAUAUGACUAUAUCAGGGUAAUGGUAAUGGAAAAUGUCAAUAAGCCCCAGCUGUGGAAUAUUUUCAAUCAAGUUACCAUGCACUCCCAAGAUGUAAGACAUCAUCGCUUCUGUCUCCGUCUGAUGCUGAAAAACCCAGAUAAUCAUGCUCUGUGCGUUUUAAAUGGACACAAUGCAUUUGUAUCUGGUAGUUUCAAACAUGCACUUGGGCAGUAUGUCCAAGCCUUCCGUGCCUGUCCCAGUGAGCCGCUCUACAAUCUCUGCAUAGGCCUCACCUUUAUUCACAUGGCAUCUCAGAAGUAUGUGCUGAAGAGACAUGCUCUGACUGUGCAGGGCUUUUCCUUCCUUAAUCGAUACCUCAGCAUCCGUGGACCUUGCCAGGAAUCUUUCUACAAUUUGGGCCGUGGCCUUCAUCAGCUGGGGCUGACACACCUUGCAAUCCACUAUUACCAGAAGGCUCUGGCACUCCCUCCACUCAUGGUCGAGGGUAUAGAAGUUGACCAGUUAGAUUUACGAAGAGAUAUUGCCUACAACAUGUCUCUCAUUUAUCAGAGCAGUGGGAACACUGCAAUGGCUCAAAAGCUUUUGUAUACCUACUGUGUCAUAUAAGCAGUNUAAUUUAUAAGACGAUGUAUGGACCAGUAUCUUCUAUUGGGACCUCAUUGUUCUUGAUGAUAAAAAUGGUACUGUCAUCACUGCUUGCUACCAUUACAACUGCUUUGAAGCAGGGGAUGUAGCUCAGCUGUAGACUGCCUGCUUGCUUCAUAUGUACAAGGCCCCAGAUUCAAGCCUUUGGAAAAUUGAAACACAGCUUUUACUCUGGAAUAUAUGCAAAGUUGCUAUUCCUAUGAGAAUGUACAUAAUAUUCUUUGUUGUUAGCAUUCUACAAUAAAAUUAUUCCAAACACUGAAAUGGA